ACCUGGGAUUCCCUGGCCAUUCAUCUCCGUGUUGUCAGGCAUCAAUGGCGAUGCGCAAAUUUUUAUUCAGCAUGUUGGUAGUCCUGGUGGUAAGCCCACCCUUGCGCAGUUCAAGCUUAGAGAAUGGAUCAGACAGAGUUACAGGGGCGUACUCUCGAUCUCAUACUUAAGUUCAGUUGGCCUGCAAUCUUCCAGCUGCUGCGUGUCUGUAUCUAGCGUUGUGCCCUGGUGAAAUCGUGUAGAUCGUGGGCUUGGGUGGAUGCACUGCAACAAGUACAAGGAAGUUGUAGGGACCGCCGACAUGGAGAAACCUGCGUGCAGCGUCAUCGCGAUGGUAGUCUUGGCUCUGGUCCUAAACGCCCCCGGCACUGCGCAGGCGCAAAUAUGCGCAGACAGCCAAGCGGCGGUAUUGUAUGUUUCUUGCUAUGGUUAUUUGGAGGAUACUUUAACGUAUCCGGAUACCUCUUGUUGCGAUGAAGUUGGAUAUUUAUACAAGUUGGAAGGGGCUGACUGUUUCUGCGACGAAGUUAGAUCAUUGACCGCAUUGUACCCUACUUCGAACGCGAAUAAAGCAAGCUCCUUGCUCAGAGACUGUAAACUAUCUGCUGGAGCAUCGUGCUCUACGACACCUUCAUCAGCGCCCCCUGCCUCUCCCGUGUCCCCUUCGUUACCUACGCCUGGCUCCAUCGGUGGCAUUAACACUCCAAUUGAACAAUCAAGCCCGAGUUCGACGACCAAUGAGCCUCCAGGAUCUCUGAACCUAGCUGCUCCGAUCGGGGGAAGCGUAGGAGGAAUCACAGCUCUCGGAAUCAUCUUGAUUUUGAUCGGAAAAUUUACGAACAUGUUCUCGAGAUGCUGUAAUUGCCAUUGGUUUGUGAAUGUAGGCGGACGCAAUGGUAAUGACAAUGCCAAGGCCAACGCCGGUUUACCACAACAUCAGCCGCAGCAUCCAAAUGGAUAUCCAUAUCCAGCACCCGGUGGUUUACCACAACAUUAUCCGCAGCAACCAAAUGGAUAUCCUUACCCAACACCAGCUACUGCUAACCAAGGGCGAGCUCCUCCAAGUGCUCAAGUUUUCUCAUUUUUCAACGAUUUAAAUGCAGCAGAGAACGCCAGAUAAGUAUCUGCACAUUUGGCAAGUGGAACGCUCUUCGUUUGAUUGAUUAUGAGGAACCUUGAGCCGGUCUUGAGUCUGCACGUCAAGACCUGAUGUAAUGUAGUUUCAAUCAUUUAUUGUUCAACUAGUGUGACCCGGGGGGCCGUGCUUUGGCCCGGGUAGGAACCAUAUGUCAGGUAUCAUGUGAUCUCUGUUACCAUUAAAUCUUGCUUUCUCUGGCACUGUAUUACUGCUAUUUGAAUACAGGGUAAAAUGCCUAAAAUAGGGUGUGUUUGUGAGGAAAGAUUAACUAGAUAAGUUCAUCGAUCACAUAUAGAUGAAAUCAUAACUCUUGGAUGUUUUUUGGACGGUUAUACUGCAGUCACCAAAUCCUAACCCCUAAUGGAUGAAUGUUGCGACUGAUGGGUGAAUACUUCCAACACCCCUCUCAAACUUGGUUUAAAUAUUCAAAUCAUAUUGUGUGUUGUUCGUGUUGUCUAAGUUGUACCUCUAAUGUCUCAGUUAUUAUGUACUAGUAUCUACUGAACGAGUGAAGAAAGAAUUUGGCGUUGCUGAGCUAAAGGAGUGAAUUGGUGUUGCUUAGCUGUGAUGGAAAGAAUUCAAAUUUGAGAUUGUGAGCCACAGAAGAGUUUGGAUAGUUUGAAACUUUUGGUUGUUGUUGCUGGAUUAGCUUGUGAUUUGGUUUUGAAGAAUACAAGUUUGUUGUUUUUGAAUUAGCUUGCUUGUUGUAAUCUCUUGCUCAUGAAAUUCUCUCAGGUUCAUUGCCACGUACCCCUUCUACAAGAUUGCUUGUGGUUUUUGUGCCAAAAUCCGGACCAUGGGACGCUCAUUGAUUGGCGGCGGCAAAUUCGAGUCAUUUACAGCUCUGCUUGGAUUUGUUCAAAGCGGUGUGUAGAGAGGCAGUGUUGGAUGCAGAUGAUGAGCUGAGAAGCCAAUGCGGAUGGUGAGUUGGAGAGUGUGGUUGAUAUAGUUGAUUCUCAUGCCAGUCUCACGCAUUGGUUGUCCGCAAUUCAAAUUCGCGUUCAAACGCUGUCAAGACUUGGCUACUGGAGAAGAGGCUGCCAAAGACGACCAACGCCGAGAGGUGCAGAUGGAAAGCAACCGGAGAUGGCACGGAGGCGGCACAACGGUGAUGAUCAACAAAGCAUUUUUCCAAGGCGAUGCUGCUACUAUUACGAAGACUUGAACAAUUGAGUGAAUCUCGUUUUUUUUUUUUUUGAUAUACUUUGGCCAUAGGCCGGUUUGUAUGUAUAACAUUGUCAAGAACAGUACCCAAACCUACUUCAUCCUAUACAAACUAAACGAAGGACAACAAGUUCUGGGGUACUCCGAUGUUGAUUGGAGGGCAUGUCAUGACACUCACCGCGGUACGGGUGCUUACUUCUUCACAAUGUCAGCAGGACCUCCUACAUGGAGCAAUAAGCGGCAGUCUACAUUGUCCCAAAGCUCCAUCGAAUAUCCAGCGGUGAUUUCUAAAUUUAGCCGUGAAGAAUCAAAGUGACGUCCAGAAUGAGCGAGGGUGUUAGAGUAUUAACAUUAUGUAUAGAACUAAUUCAUCAAAUAGAUGACUGAACUUAGUCUGGUUGAUUAGUUUUGGCCGUAAUUAAUAGGAGACUGGUAUAUAUCCCACCGUUGUAGUGACUGAAAUUUUCAUCUCAGUAACAGGGCACUCUUACUUAUCGUGAUACCAA